AGAGGAGCAUCAGCUGCAGGAGAGAGUUGUGGGGAGGGCUCAGGAGAGCAGCGCCAGGUGAGAGUGAUUGGCACACCCAACUGUCUAAUCACUCUCGCCCUCUUUUCCAACACAGUAGCGUGCUGGACCAGAUGAGGAAGCGGGACGGACAAAGACACACGGCAGACGGCAGCGAGACGCCUGCGAACGGCUGCAGUGUGAGACUGAUUUGUGUCUAAAUAAAAGAAUCCCUUACAAAUGGGCUUUGGUCUCUGACUGUCUGUGCUAAGAAUCCACAGUGGCAGCAAGCCUGUCACAUUUUGGCGCCCAACCAACGUAGCACAGAGGCGAUGUCAGAACCACAGCAGGUUCAGCCAGUAAUGGCGCUGGCCCAAAUGGUGGCCGAGGUUACCGCGAUGAGCCGGGACCAGGCAGUGGCCAGCAGGCAACAGCUCGCGGCGCUUUAGCAGCAGACUGAGAGGCAGACGCAGCUGCUGGAGGCAGGCCCUGCACAGGAUGACCGGGAACGAUGAUGCGCAAUCGUACCUCGAGGCGAGGCGACAGCGUCGGUGUGCGGCUGGCCGGAGGCAGAGUGGGCCAUGCGGCUGCUUCCACUUUUAUCCGGGGACUCGCAGACAGCGGCGCUCAGCCUGCCUGCCUCCUCUCGGGGGCAGUACCAGUCCGUGAAGAGGGCUGUCCUGGACCGACUGGGAUAUUCGGCCGAGGACCACCGCCGGAAGUUUCGAGGGACCAAGCUGGGGCCCACCUAUCACCCAGCUGAUGGGGAAAAUCGUGCUGGAACAGUUCGUGGAGGGGCUGCCGGCUGGCACCCUCGAGUGGGUGCGUUGUCACCGCCCAGACGACCUGGCGGCCGCCGUCGCCCUCGCGGAAGACCAUCUGGCCGUCCACGCCCGGGGCCAGGCAUCAGAGGCGCGGCCAGCAUCCUCCGGCCGUCCCAGCCCGGCACCUCGCAGGAGACCCGCGCCAGUACCCGGUCUCCCGCAUUACACACCCGCUCGCCCCUCCCCUGCUCCUCGCACUAAUAUCCCCUCAUUUUCUCUUCCACCACAGGGUCCAGCUGCUACGGGCGCUGCUCUUAGCCCACAGAGGGUCCCUCAGGCGGCAGGGCAGGAGUGCUGGAGGUGCAGGCAGCCCGGACACUUCCAUCGCGAGUGUCCACUAAUGGAAGUCGGGCAGGUGAUCCGGGUUGUCGGCCCUCCGGCGCCCUCCCCCGGUCCAGGAGAGACGUACAGCGUUCCGUAGCGUGCUGGACCAGAUGAGGAAGCGGGACGG